AUGGAGGGAAUUGCAGUCAUUGGAAUGGGGUGUCGCUUCUCUGGAGGAGCGACCUCCGUUGAGAACUUCUGGCAGAUGCUAUGCGACGGACGUACUGGGCAUGGGACAGUUCCCACAAGCCGAUACCAAGCUUCGGCCUGGCAUCACCCUAGCCAUGAACGCAAAGGAGCGAUCAAUCAUGAUAGUGGGUUUUUCUUGCAGGAAGAUCCAUCACGGUUUGACGCUCCUUUUUUCUCUAUCACUGCCAAAGAGGCGGCGGGCAUGGACCCAGCACAACGUUUGUUGCUCGAAGUUGCAUACGAAACAUUCGAAAACAGCGGGAUACCGAUAGACACGCUUCCAGGCAGUAACACGGCAGUGUACUCUGGUUCAAUGACCAAUGACUAUGAGCUAUUGUCAACAAGAGAUAUCUAUGAUAUGCCUCACAACUCGGCUACUGGUAAUGGAAGGACUAUGCUGGCAAAUCGGUUGUCAUGGUUCUUUGAUCUUCAAGGCCCAAGUAUCAUGAUGGAUACUGCGUGUUCUUCAAGUUUGACUGCGAUCCACCUAGCAGCUCAAUCCUUGCGGUCUGGAGAGUGCGGAAUGGCCUUGGUGACUGGUGCCAGUCUUAUCUUGCACCCUAAUUUUACACAAAGACUGUCCUACAUGCACAUGAUGAGUGCAGAUGGCAUAAGUCAUUCAUUUGAUGAGUCUGCAAAUGGAUAUGGUCGGGGUGAGGGCAUCGGUGCUGUGCUUUUGAAGCCCCUCAGCGCCGCAUUAGCCGAUGGAGAUAAUAUUCGAGCCGUCAUCCGCGGCACAGGAAUUAAUCAGGAUGGCCGGACUCCUGGGAUUACACUGCCCAGUCCAACGUCCCAAGCCAACUUGAUUCGUUCGGUUUAUGAACGUCAUGGCAUCUCAAUGAGAGACACUUCCUACUUUGAAGCACAUGGCACUGGAACUCCUGUCGGGGAUCCCAUAGAGCUGUCUGCUGUCGGAAUGACUUUGGGCCAGGCACGAACACCGACUGAUGAGCCAAUAUACGUAGGCUCAGUGAAGACAAAUUUCGGUCACACCGAAGGAGCCGCAGGAGUGGCUAGCUUGAUCAAAGUCGUGCUGUGUUUAGAAAAGGGCACAUUGGUGCCAAACGCCGGGUUCCAAAACAUCAAUCCCAAGAUCCGGCUCGAUGAUUGGCGUUUACGCCUAAGCGACAAAACAAUGCCCUGGCCAGACCAUCUUCCGCAGCGGGCUAGUAUCAACUCAUUUGGAUUCGGUGGAUCAAAUGCGCAUUUGAUUCUCGAAAGUGCCAAAGAAGCCCUGGGCAAUGCUAAAGACCAGGAGCCGGCCCCUCAUGUGGUGGUGUUUUCUACAUUUGACCAAGCUGGUAUCGAACGGACCGGUCAAAAUUGGAGCACAUUUCUUCAACGUCAACAAAAAGCCGAGCGGGAGGCUUCACUCAAAGAUUUAGCCCAUACGAUGUUGACACGCCGAUCGCAGUUAGGCUUCCGUAGCUUCGCAGUUGCUAACUCACAAGACCAGCUGCAGAGCAUCUUGGAUAAAGGAUUGCCCAAAUUUCCCCGAGCUAGUCGCAAAGCUCAAACAAGACUUGCUUUUGUGUUCACGGGUCAGGGUGGCCAAUGGGCUGGAAUGGGCCGGGAGCUUUUGAGGAUUCCCACUUUCAGGGAAAGUAUAGCACGAUCACAGGAAAUUCUUUCGUCCCUGGGAUGUCCCUUUGAUAUGGUGGAGGAGAUAAAGGCGGAGGCAAAAGACAGUCAGAUAAACCGACCUGAUCGCAGCCAGCCUAUCACCUGCGCAUUGCAGAUUGCUUUGGUUGAUCUUCUGGCCAGUUGGUCGGUUUUUCCCAACGCAGUGGUUGGCCACUCCAGCGGUGAAAUUGCUGCUGGAUAUGCCGCUGGGUAUCUUUCUCGUGAAGACGCUAUGCGAGUCGCAUGGUUCCGCGGUUUCUUUUCGCAGCAGAUUGCCCAGAGUGACAGACGAGGUGGUAUGCUCGCUACUGGUAUUUCUGCGGCUGACGCAAAGAAGUACCUCGAGGAGCUGCCUGCACGUUCAGUUGUGGUUGCCUGUGUCAAUAGUCCUGCCAGUACAACCCUCUCGGGUGAUGUGGAAUUCAUUGAUCAGCUUGAAGCAAGAUUACAACAGGAUGGUCACUUUGCCCGGAAGCUGCGCAUUGAUACAGCUUAUCAUUCCCCUCACAUGGAAGAUCUAGUUAAAGUGGUAGGUAGUGCUAUCGAUUGUAUCAAGCCUGAGGAUCGAUACAAUGGCUCAAUUCCCAUGCUUUCAUCGGUCACAAAAGAGCGUGUCUAUCCCGCCGAACUUGGUGGAUCAUACUGGGUACGCAACAUGGUCAGCUCGGUUGAGUUUACUGCCGCAGUGUCACAACUCGCAAACCUGAGCGAGUCUAUCAAGUCUCGCCGACGGCCGGUUCCAAUAAAAUGGACCGCUUUGAUUGAAAUCGGUCCACACGCCGUUUUAAAAGGACCUGUCACUCAAAUCCUGCAGUCUGUCAACGCAAAUAUGGCAUCAUUGCCGUACUAUUCGUUGGUUUCACGGAACCAGCAUGCUUUGCGAACAGCAUUGGAAGUUGCUGGCUCGCUUUGGAGCACAGGACACACAAUAGACCUUGCUGCGGUCAACAGCAGUGUCGAUAAUACAAGCCCAAAAAUGAUUCCAGAUUUGCCUUCUUAUCCUUGGAAUCACCAAACGUCCUUCUGGCACGAGCCAUUAGAGACAGCGCAGUUGAGACAACGUCAGCAUCCACGUCAUGAUAUUCUGGGAGCUGCCGUAGAUUUUCAAAACGCUUUAGAGCCAAGAUGGAGAAACUUCCUGCGACUCUCCGAGAAUCCAUGGAUGGCCGAUCAUGUUGUCGCCGGAUCGAUUGUGUUCCCAGCCGCGGGAAUGUUGGUGAUGGCUACUGAGGCGGCGCGGCAACUAGCUGAUAGCCCAGCCAACAUCAAAGGAAUAGAAUUCCAAGACCUUCAUUUUAUGCGAGGGGUUGUUAUCCCAGACGAGGAACGCGGCUUGGAAACUCUUCUUCAGGUCUCCCCUCAUCCAGGGAUGCCGGGUUGGUAUCAGUUCGGAAUUUUCUCACUUCCCUCGGGGGGUGCUUGGAUUCAACACGCGAAGGGUGCAUUCAUUGCGCGAUUCGAGAACCGAACCGACGAUGAGCAUAAUUCAAACUGGCAAGCAGCGUUGGAACGCAUCAAGAAUACCCAAACAGUCGCCAAAAUGGCUGACGUUGGACAAGCACGUGAAUGGUUGUCUAACACAGGAGGACUCACCGUAGGACCGGCCUUCCAGACAGUCACUGGCGUUUCUUUUUGCGAUUCAGAGUCUCGUCUCUGGCUAUCCGGGGUCGUCACAGACACAAAACAAUCAAUGCCUUUCGAAAAGGAGUCAUCCAGUUUUAUCCAUCCCACAACUCUUGAUUGCCUCUUCCAGUCUGCCCUGUUGUCCUGCUCUGAUGCAUUAUCCAGCAACAAAGCAAAUAUUCCGAUCGGAGUGGACAAUAUCUACAUAUCCAAUACGUUCCAACCCCAACCGGGGGAGCAGUUUGUCGUCCACACAGAGACCAAGUGGCGAGACGGGAAAUCACAAUCCCACUGUAUCGCGUCGGACCCCACCUGGUCACAACCCUGGAUCACGUUUGAAGGUGUUCAUCUCGGUCGCCUUCCCUUCAACUCAAAUUCUCUAAAGCAAGAGGAAGCAUCUUCGGAGAGCCGAUAUUCGUCGAUUGUUUGGGAUGAACACUUGGAGUCGCCGCUUGUCACUAGCCAAAUCAAUGACGGAAACAAGAAGAAGGCCGUGCAAGCCAGCAGUCUCCAACUAACAGACUGGAUCAAGAGAUUGUGCUAUACCAACGGGGAUGCCAGAGCACUCAUUACUACUUCGGACACAUCCUCUUGGAUCGCAAGUCUACAAGAGCUGAUUCCAAGUGCCGGCAAGCGGCCGUGCCUAGGAAGGAUGACAGUCGCUUCAUGUGGCCACGAAAAUCAAGUGGAGGGCGUCACUCCCACAGAGAACAGCCUCCCGGGAACUCACCUGGCAUCCCUCACUACAUUAAGCGAACUUCCAUCUUCGUCGCUCGCUCAGGAUAAAUAUGAUUUGGUCGUGAUCGAUGAGCCCAAGUGGGACGACAAAAUCAUUCAAGUUAUCCUAUCGUGUCUGCCCACCAUUCUUGAACACGGAGGUUUAGCAGCAAUACGGGUAUCAGGAACCAAUCGAGACUCGGCAGCAGAGAAGUUGCAACGAUUGGAAGGCCUUGAAAUUCACAGCACGACCAAAGAUCGCGAGUUUAUCAUCGCGCGCAGAACACCAGUCUCGUGGACUACAGACUCCGAAAUCUAUAUUUUGAGUCCAGCCGACAAAUCUAACACACUAGCUGUUUUCGAGCACCUUGGGAAUAUAUUUGCCACCCAUAACGUUCGUCUGGUGCCUGUUGAAUUGGAACAGGUGGGUACACUAGCAGGAAAGACUGUGAUUUCUUUGCUUGACUUGGCAAGUCCCUGGAUAUCCGGCUGGACGGAAAAUGAUUUGGAACGUCUCCAGGAGUUGAUCCGAGUUAAAUACGUUCUUUGGGUGUCCCCUUCCUGGAGCCAAGGGGCUGUUGAGAAUAUUGGAUCUGGUGCCACAGGCGGCCUUUUGCGAACACUUCGCAAUGAGCAGUGGAACACCACCAUCCCACACCUAUUGGUCGAUGUGGAAGAUUUGGAAGACAAGUUCGGACUAGCUUGUGGCAUUCUCCAAGUCAUGCAGCUCACGACGCAGGAGAGCUCGCGCCGGCCAGACUUGGAGUAUCGUCUGGCAAACGGUCGGCUGCUAGUUCCACGGGUCAUUGAGACUCCAACAGUGGAUGAGGCCAUGCACACUCUUAUGAAUGGCCCCAGGCCUGUGAUGUCAGACCUUACACUUGAUCCGAGACGCCUUGAGUUGAAGUUCCAAGAUGCAGACAACGCACGCUGGGAGGAACAACAACCAUUCGAAGAGGGACUUCGCACUGACCACAUUGAAAUCAUGGUUGAAAUGGCCACAAUCUUCGAUUUACAUGGGGAUCAAGGGAAGACACCAGAGACAGCUCUUCCAAUGUUCGAAAUUGUUGGAAAGGUAACUCUUAUCGGAUCUGGUGUGCACGACUUGGCUGUUGGCGAUAAAGUGUUAACCCUAACAUCGGCGAGCUCGGGACUCAUGACAGCAAUGCGGGUCUUAGAAAGUGACACUAUCAGGAUUCCUGCAAAUAUGGACCCAAAAAAUGCGAUAUCAACUCCUCUAGCGUACAUAAACGCUUAUCAGAUUCUCACCCAAGUUGGUCGCCUCAGUUCAAGUUCCUCGGUGCUUUUGGUCGGCUCAAUCAGUCAAACUCUCCAGGCCAUGAUAGAUUAUGCCCUUGCCAUGAACAUGCAAGUCAUCGUGGCAACUGAUUCUGCAGAUACCACCGAGAACCUUCGUUCUCGCUACCCAGUAUUAGCGGAUCGAAUUCUCGGCGUUCACGGUAGCCUAGAAACAAGUGUGUCUAGGCUAACCAACGGAUGUGGAGUUGACGCCAGCAUUUGCUUCCUUGGCGGCUAUGCGGGUCGGAAUGCUGCUAGGUGUCUUGUCCCAGGUGGACAGUACAUUAAUCUAUCUAGCGAGAUGAAGAUGAGUGCUCUUCCAGAGAGCUUCAUUGACAGUGGCUGCACAUUCUCUUCGCCGCGACUGCAGAAAAUUUUCUCGGAGAAACCCGGCAAUCUUCAUGCUUCAGUACGGCAUGUGGUUGACUUCAUGAAGCAGCAUAGGAUGUUGGACCGCGUGGAGUCCUAUUCUAUGUUCCCCGUUUCUGAUCUCCAAGGAGCUUUGAAACAUUGCAAAGUGGCCAAUACCCGAGCUAUCGUGGAUCUUCGGGCUCCUGGAAGGGUCCCUAUUGUUCUGCCACUGCCAAAUCUUACUGGCUUGCCAGCGGAAGGCACAUAUAUACUAGCAGGUGGAUUAGGAAACCUCGGCCUUGCGCUUGCCGAUACCUUGGUGCAGUCCGGGGCCCGCCAUUUGGUUUUCCUUGGAAGAUCUGGCGGGGCACAACCUGGUCAACAGCUAGCCCUUGAUCUCCUUCGCUCUCAUGGGUGCCGCAUAGAUGUACUGCGCUGUGAUAUCGCCCAACAGGCAGAUAUUGACCACCUGUCAUACAAGAUUCGGAGUAAGAACUGGACCGUUGCAGGCGUGAUUCAGUGUACAACAGUUCUGAAGGACGCAAUGUUCGAGAACAUGACUUUUGAUGAUUGGACCCAAUCCACACAGUCCAAGAUCCGCGGGACACUGAACUUGCACCAUCUAUUUUCGGAAUUUGAAGGCUUGGGUUUCUUCAUUGCUUUGUCUUCCGUGGCCAGUGUCAUUGGUAAUAUGGGACAGGCUAACUAUUCUGCGGGCAAUGGUUUCAUUGACGCUCUCAUGGAAUGGCGACGCAGUCACGGUCUCCCAGGUCAUUCUAUCAAUAUUGGCCUCGUUCCAGAUGCUAGUGGACUCAGCGACAUUGCCGAAGAUCAAGAGCAACGCCGCCGCCGAUACAAACAUCUUGAGGGUACAGAAAUCAUGACCCAUGAGCUCCAGACCUUGCUCAGAGUGAUCAUUAACAGCAAGCUUUCUCUUCCAUCUCAAAUAAUUGCUGGCAUGACCGAUCAUCUGUCUCGCAGCAAUGGCUCCAUAGCCUGGGUUCUCGAUCGAAAGUUUGAUCACCGGCUUUGCCUUGCUGCCGAUGACACUGAGGACUCUAUUCAGACUAGCGCCUUACUCAAGGGGUGUGACUCCCUUGACAAUGCAACUGAGGUUGUCCUUAACGCUCUGAGUGAAUAUCUAGCAGAUGCAAUGGCUACAACUGCCGAUGCUAUCGACUCAGAUCUACCAUUGUCCGCGUUGGGAGUUGAUUCCCUGAAAGCUACAGCCGUUCAAAACUGGGUCUCUCGCGAACUGGGGUCAGAACUAUCCUCCUUCGAGUUUCUUGGCUCACAACCGACCAAGGCGUUAGCGAGGAAAAUUGCUUCUACUAGUUCGUUUGUCUCGGUGCCGAGCUGA